AAUUUACAGAGGUGACAACAGAACCAACAUACACCCCUAGCUCUAUAGAAUGCAAAGAAGUCCAGCAACGAGGUUGUAGAUCUGAGGGGGAAUGCUGCGAGGGUUUACAGGGUACCAGUUUACGAUGCAAAGAAAGUAUAUGCUGUGUGCCUGAGACUGGGCCAUGUGUGGAAGAUGAGGAUUGUUGUAGAGGUGGAAAUCUUAAGUGUACUGAAGGUCGUUGCAUUGCUCCCGAUUGUGAGUACCCCGUUGCUCCGCAGAAUGGGAGAAUCGACUCCGGAAGUGCUCCGAAUCAACAAGGACGAUUCAAACCUGGCGAGAUUGUAUCAUUCAGUUGCAACGACUGUUACACGCUGUCGAGAAAUCCAGCUGGUCAAAUUGAUAAAACUGUCGAGUGCGAGUCCAAUGGUGAACUUGAUGGUCCAGUCCCAACAUGCGAAAGGCUACAGUGUAUUGAUAUAGUAGCACCAGAAAACGGAGGACGAUCACCGACAGUCGGUAAUAACGCGUGCGGUGAUCAGGUGACUGUUGAAUGCGAUGAUGACUUUGAGCCAGAGGGACCAAUUGUAUUAACAUGUGAACAAAUCGGAACCUCGGUUAGUUGGGACAAAGUCCCACAAAAGUGUACAAAAGAAAAAGCAUGUCAAGAACUUGGUCAACCAUGUGAAAAUGGAAAUGGAAACGGAAAUGGACUUGACUGCUGCGUAAAGGUCAAUGAAGUAAUGGCAUGUGGAUUUACAGGAACAUGUUUUAGAGAGAGAAGACAGAGAUGUUCAUCAGAUGACGAUUGUUGUAGAGGUCUGGGCUGUAGUAACGAAACAAAAACUUGUGAACCACCAAUUACUCUAGAUUGCCGGGAGCCUAUUGAUAUCGUAUUUGCCGUG